UUAUUUAGCUCGAAACAGUUCUCGGCCUUAUCGAAGUGAAGUAUCUGAUCCUAAUUAUUUUUCUGAGUUGUGAAAAAUGAUAAAAACAGUGUGGAAUGGAAUGGCACGCAAGCCAAGUGGAAACAAGUGAAUUAGUGAAGAAGAAACAAGUGAACUAAAAGCAAAGACACAACUGUGAAGUGCAGUGAAAAAAAGUGGCAUGGACAAGAAAGAAAAAAGGAAGCACACACUAAAAAUACAAAAUAAAGAACGUGUUAAAAAGGUCUGCCGGCAAAUCUGCCGGAGCCUACAAAAGAAAAGAAAAACAGUGCCUGUGCAUAUGCACGAAAUACAAAAUCUGUGCAUUAAUAGAAACGAAAAAAACAACAAAAUGUCAGAAAAACAUAAUACAUCUAUGUCAUCACUAGAUGAAUAUCUAGAUGACGAAAGUGAGUCAGUGAUGAUGCAAUAUGAUGAAAUUGAUGAAAGUGAACAAGUCAUUUUGAACAAAAAACAACAUGCACAAAUGAUGAAAGAACUCAUUUUAACAAGAGAGCAGAUAAAAAUACAACAACAACUAAUCCAACAUCAAAAAGAACAAUUACAAGUCUUCAAUAAUAUGACAAAAAUGCAAACAAACACAACAAGCAACAAUGAAAACAACAUACUACAAGGCAACAAAUUUGCCGCACUAUAUCAACACGAAGAAGACAAUAAAAACAUUAACGACAUCGAAUACCCACCACUGCACACAGCCACCAGAGCCUCGAAAAAACAAAAAAGGAAAGCGACAUCACCAGCAUCAACAGCAACGAAAAACAAAAGCAAGAAACAGCAAAACACCCCCCCAGAAGUAGACGACAACAACGGCGACAUCAACGGCGACAUCAACGGCGACAUCAACGGCGACAUCAACGGCGACAUCAACGGCGACAUCAACGGCGACAUCAACGGCGACAACAACAAUAGCAGCAACAACAUCAACAAUGAACCAACGCAGACAACCAACAUCAAAAUUCCGGCCAUCACAAUCUACAACAGGACCCCCGAGGAAAUGGAAGAUAUGCUACUGCCCAAGAUAUCAAAAAGAUAUAGCCCUAUAAUUUAAAACAGGAGUGUCCCACAAGGUGGAAUAGUGCUUUUUAUAUGGUAGAGCGCAUUUUAAGUACUCAUGUCGCCAUCGCAAAGGUACUGCUGAACACCCCAAAAGCAGUGUUGCCACUAUCUGCGGAUGAGAUUCUUGUGUUGGAGGACUUAAAGCUUCUACUCGCUCCUUUUGACCACGCGACAAAAAGGGCAUCAUCGAGUAGUUCACUGACAACAUCAAUAAUUAUUCCAAUUGUAUACGGACUUAUACAUAAUUUAGAAAAAAUUAAUGUCCGACUCGUCUCUGAUGAUAGUCGUGAGGCAUACAAUUCAUUUAUGGAAGGAAUUUGACAAAGGCUCAUGCAAUACGAAAAACGCACAGUCACGCGAAUAGCAACUCUUUUGGAUCCCAGAUUCAAAAAGGAAGGUUUUCUAUCGAUUGCGAAUGCCAGCGAAUCCCAAAAAAUUUUAGAAAAUGAGCUUGCUACACUCUACAGCGUUUUGCCCGCGUCUCCUACUACCGCGUCUCCUACUACCGAACCAGAACUUUUUGAGUUCUUGGAAGAAAAUAUUUCAAAAAAAGUACGAAGUGGACGAGUGGACUCUAUUUUGGCACUUCGUAAAUAUUUUAUGUCCGAAAAUUUAUCAUCAUCAUCAAGUCCAUUAGACUAUUGGAAGGUAAUGUUUCUCAGAUAUAAGAUGAUUUAAAAUUAUAUUGAGAGAUGUUUAGCAAAGCUGGACUACUUUUAAGCGAAAAAAGAAGCUCGCAGAAAUCAAAAAAUGUUGACAUACUGGUGUUCAUCAACAAAAACGAUUGGGUCUCAAAUGAGACCCAUUAGAAUAUUAGAUGUUAAGUUUCCCAUACUUAGAUUAAUUUUAAAUAAUGAUAUUAAUAACAAUGUAAUUGCAGAUCUUAAAAUACGAUAAUUUGAAAAAAAAGACUGAUGGAGUGAUAAAUUUUUU